GAUAUCAAUACGGUAUACGUAUACUGGCGCGGAUAUUCGUUUGUUCACGAAUAAAUCCGUGUGAAUUCACGUCAGUCUGAACACGAACGAUAGAUCUCUACUAAUUUUGCUCGGAAUUUGUAACUAAGGAUUAGUGACAUUUUGCUCCAACCUCAUAAUGGAACCGGGAAAAGACCAGGCAAACGGCAGAGGGGCCGCUGUGGACCCAAAUGACAAAAAUCGUCGUAUUUUCAAGAUAAUCGUCAUCGGCGACUCGAACGUGGGGAAGACAUGCCUCACCUACCGUUUCUGCGGCGGGGAGUUUCCCGAGAAGACAGAGGCAACGAUUGGGGUCGAUUUCCGGGAGAAGAAUGUCACAAUAGAAGGAGAAACUAUUAAGUUACAAUUAUGGGACACAGCGGGCCAGGAGAGAUUCCGCAAGAGCAUGGUCCAGCACUACUAUCGAAAUGUUCAUGCUGUCAUCUUUGUUUAUGAUGUCACGAAAAUGAGUACAUUUGAGAGCUUGCCAACAUGGAUAGAUGAAUGCGACAGACACUCGCUAUCUCCGGAAACGCCCCGUGUCCUCGUCGGAAACAAAUGCGACAUGUCGGACAGGAAGGUGGUCACGUCGGGCAUCGCCCAGAAGUUCUCAGACGCCAACAACAUGCCAUUCUUCGAAACGUCUGCAAAGUUGGAGGAAGAGGGGGACAAGAUCACUAACAUUUUUAUGACCUUGGCCCAUAAACUGAGAGACCAUAAGCCUUUGAUGCCUCCAAAGUUUGAUUCCCCGGAUUCAAGAGGCAAAUCGAUCAAGCUUCGACCAAAUAAAGAUGAGAUCGACGGAGACGAAGACCUUCCGCCGGAAAGCUCUUGUGCUUGCUAGUGACGCAGCAGCGACUCCUCGACGAACGCGUCACAAUUCUCGACAACUUCAAAGAUCCUAAAGUGCAGUAAUUAUGACUGUUUUUUCAGAAGCAGUUCUUGUAAAUAGUUGGAGAUAUAUUAUUAAUUGUAUAUAUGAGAGCUAGAAGAUGAAUUAUAAUAAAUUAUGUAUGUUGUUCUGUUCUGAAUCUCUGUCAUUCAAAUGUUGCACUAUAUUUGCAAAGAAUGUUAAAAGGAAAAGAGGGUGUUAUUUUUUUUAAGAUUGUGAACUAUCUCAGCUUUAAAUGAAAUAUUUAGUAUCAAUCAGUCUUUAGAGGUAUUUAUUUAUAGGCAGGGUUGUAUAUGGUCUUUUAAAUUAUUAUCUUUUCAUUACUUUUGGUAUUGCCAUUUAUUUUAUAGGAGUGUAUAUGAUAUAAUUUUAUAGCUUACAUUUUUUGCAAAAUUAUCAUUUGUAAUGUAAACAGUAUUAUCAGUAAAAUUGAAAAUUUAGCUGGAUAAAAUUCAUACUCUUUAUAAAAAAAAUAUAUUCAUCUACAUCACAACACAACUGCCAUAAAACACUUGACAAUAUCCUACACUAUCACUUUGAUAUACAUGUACUUCACAACAUUUGUUUUGGGGUGUGUUCAAUGUCGGUUUCCAAAUCCAAUGGCAACAUGAAUCAUGAUUGAAAACGUGAUUACAAAAGAUGGAUAUAAUGAGAAACAAAGGGUGCGUUCAAUGUCCUCCAUUCCCGGUUGUUAAAGUAGAUUUCUUUCAAAUCAUGAUUCGGGGGAAACUUUAAA